AAUUGGAAGACAGCGGCAAAGAGUCGCGCAUGCAGUCGAUGAGGAUAGGAUAGGCUGAGACAGCCCGCGCUCUAUCGACUUGGCCAGCCUGCAGCAAGGCUGGGGCUGAGCAGGCUGCUGCUAGCUGGAGGUGAGCGCCUCGCGAGGCCUCAGGCGGAAACACGACCCUGGGAACAAAAACGUAUCAUCCUCAUGAUUAAUCUAACGUGCAGACUUGACCUGUACAAAAAUAUUUCUCACGAUUAGACAUGCCUCCGUUCUCGAAAGAAGCCGAGCUCGUGCACGACUACGACCCCGCAGCCAAAAGACCAACAACCGCGACUUUACCAGACUACCCACUGGUCAAGCUGAACGACCCCUCUCAAAUAAGAAAGUUCCUUGAGCAGGAACUGUGGUGUAGAGAUCUCGAGGCGAUGGCACCGCGUCUCUGGAUGAUGACGACCUUCUCUGGCGCCAACAUCAACCCAUUGCACCGCCAGCGGGUCAAGGGUCGUGAGAUCGUUGUCACGGAAGAACCACGACUACAUCUAGUUUGGAUCCACAACCGCAUCUUCGUAAAGCCACUGCCACGCUAUCUGCUGUCGCAGGCAUUCUGGAAAACGUUCCUGGAAGAAGGCUCGGACCGAGCGGACUAUAGCCAGAGCGAUCUGUGCAAGGCGGCGACUGGGUUCCUGCGGACGUACCGCUACUUGAUCCAGCACGAGUCUGACUUCUGCAUCGCCCAACAAGCCGGCCUCCGCCUCGUGCCCAAGGGCAUAGACUGGCUGUCGUUCUGCCGAUUGAUCUCAGAACUCAGCCAUGUCGACGAUGCAGCCGUUUCGCAGCGCUACUGCUACGGCGAACUGAGGCUGACACGACUCAACUUCUACGCGCCGCUGCUCCUUCGCAAGUUCCACUUCGAACAGGUGCACGGACAGUACGGAGACUUCUUUGGACGGCUGUAUGGGCCUUUGCUCUUCGUGUUCGCUAUAGUGUCGACGAUUCUAAAUUCGAUGCAGGUUGCACUUGCAGCUGACCAGCUAGAAGCCUCUCAUUGGGAGGCAGUGUGGCACGUGUCUCGAUACUUCAGCAUGGUCAGUCUUGUGGGAGUGGCGAUCAUCUCUUUGUGGUUCAUACUCCUCUGGCUGUGGAUAUUCUUAGACGAAUGGAUCUACACGGCAGGACAAAAGCUAGCGAAGAAACGAGAAGCCCAAAGUACGCCAUGUUAAAGAGGCAUACAAGUUCAUGUGAUUACAUUGGAGACAUAACCAGUUUCGUCUAGAGUUAAUUUUUGUCUGAAUUCGAGGGUCUGACUGAUACAUGCUAUCUCUACCCUGGUCUGGAUUGGCAA